CAAAAAGUAAACAUAACAUGAGGUUUAUUUUCACAAGCACAAGCUAAUUUUAUUUUUAUAUUGAUAUAAAUUGCAACACUAAAAAUGGAUAGUGAAAUGCCUGAAGAAAAUGCCAGUGCCAAAAAACGCCCAUUAGAAAAUGAAUCGGUUGAAGAAGAGCCAAAAACGAAAAAACCCAAAGUGUUUUCUAUAAAACAAUUUAGAAAACAGCUUCAUUCUGCUGAAAAGCAUCAAGCUCUAAGAGAAUAUUUAUCAGUUCUCUCAACUCCUUCAAAACAUGACUACCUUUUGGACUACCUCAAAAAUGGUGGUAAUUGUCUGGAGCUGCUUCAAACUCUUGAAAGUGACUCGGCUAUAUCUCCAGCAUUGGUCUUCGACUUGGUUACUCAGCUUCUUUUGGGAAUCACUGUUAAAUAUGUCGAUUAUUACAGUUCAGCUUACGAAUCUUGUAGGUAUUUGAUCAACAACUAUUUGCCAGUUGUACACAAAAUGUUAGGAUUGAGCUCGUCAAAGGAGGAAAGAAAGGUCUGCCUGAAAUUGUUAACAGCUAUGACAGCCCUAUCAUCAAACCUAGCAAAAGACAUUUUAAUUAAUGUUAAAUUCCAUUCAGCUAAUAUAGCACUAUUGACCAAACAUACUGGAGAAAAAAAUAGUGUCAGAGAUAGUUUUGUACAUUUUUUAACAGCAUUUUUAGUAGAUGCUGACACUCAUACACUAUCAGUUUUGUUAGAAAAAAGCAGCCUAUUAACCAGUAUAAUAUCAGGUCUUCAAUAUGACGAUCCAGACACAGUAUGUGUAGUAGUAGCUGCAAUGAAAAAUCACAUUUUAGAAAACCCUUCUAUAAUGAAAACAACAAAAAUGCAUGUCUUUAAUACAGCAGUUGUGAAAGAUAUUGUCAAUUUAUAUAAUUGGAAAGGUCCUGAAGGUCUUAAGGCACUAGACAAAAACAACAAGAACAUCAUCGAAAUUGAUAAAUUGGCCAAAUCAAAAGUCAGCGAAUGCAUUCACGAUUUUUUGUUGAUACUAUGCACCUCACAUAAAUUAGGAGUAAUAUUUAGAGACCAUCUUGUGGGUUUGGGCAGGAAAAACCUAAACAGCCUCAUGUAUACCGUUUUGGACAGCCUGGAUAGGCCUUGGGAGCACUCAUAUGCCAGCGAACUUGUUCUUAAAAUUUGCAAAUCUUGUCCUGACUUGACCAAGAAUAUGUGGUUGAUUGUUAAGCCUUUUUUGGAACCGCGUUUGACUGAAAAAUGGUUGAAUACUAUGGAGUUUUCUGCUAAACUAAUUGAGGAAAUGGAACCAAUGUGUAUAGAAUAUUGUGCAAAAGAUCUAACUCCACAACAGCUUGCCCAAAUUAUAGAAAUGCUUGUAUCACCAGUACCAAUCCUGAAAACCCUCCUAACAGACAAUCAUGAUAAAGAUGUAAAAAUUCAUAUUUUAAAACUACUGCAUCGCAUGUUGGAAAAAAUUAAUUUAUUUUUGAGUGCCUCAAGAAAAUGGACUAAUAACCAUUUAAAAAUCACUCAACAUUUAUCUAAUUAUAUUUCAAAACAUUAUCCAAAUGCUUAUAGCUUGCUUCAGGAAUGUAAAAAUGAACAAGAAGAAUAUUUGGAAACUGUUUUGGAUAUUUUGAAUAUUUAUAAAAACGUUGCCCCUCAAUUGCUUUAUAACGUUGCCGCGUUAGACUUCAAAGAUUUCUUGGAAAAAUUAUCUGAAAAUUCUGAAGAAGUUGAAAAAGUUGAACAUUUACAAAUAAAAAUCAUAAGCAUUUUUGUUGACAUUGAUCAGGCAAGUUUCUUGCCUGAAACUGAAAUAUUUGCCUAUAUUGUUCCAAUUUUACUUAAAGUCUAUCACAAAGAACACGAUAAUAAAUUCAAAUUAAUUUUAUGGAAACUUUUGAAAAAUACUAGCAUUUUUGAUAAUAAUAUUCAUGAAAUUAAUAUCUGGCUCAAUGGGAUUUUUAAUUUUAAUAGUUUUAGUAAUAACUUUGCUAAAGAUUUUGUUGAAAUUGUUAAAGAUACUGCAGAAAAUUUAUUGGAGUAUCAAAAAGAAAUUUUACAAACUACUGAAGGUGAUGAUGAUGAGACUGUAGAAAAUAAUGAAAUAAUAGAAAACCUUAUAAAACUAUCCAACAAUGAAGAAACUGUAAAUAUUAAAAACCGAAACUGUUCAGCAAUGAUUCAAGGCUUUUUCACGUACAUUAACAAAAGCCAACACUCCAAAAAUUUGAAAAAAUAUUUGGAGCAUGUUUUGAUUAAUUUAUUCCACAAUCAAACUAAUUUACCAAAAUUUGCCUCUAUUAUACAAAAACAUAAAGAAUUAAUCCCUUCAAAUAUCUGUAAAUACAUAAAUAGUUGGUUAGCAAAUCAGCCAAUCCACAUAAGUAAAAUUAAAGGUGUUUUAAGCAUUUUUAAAGAUAUAAGUGACAAUUUUUUGAAUGCCUCUUUGAAACCAGACAAUUUACAUGGAACAUUUUAUCCUGACUUUUUGCUAGAUGUUACAAGGCUGGCAAGUUUCUAUUUCACAAACUCACCAUCAGAGAAUAAUGUUAAAAAUUUAUUAUUUUUAAUCCAGUAUAUUAUUGACAAUAAUUUUGACACCAUUGAUGAUGGAUUUUUGCAGCUUAUUUUAGCACAACCGAUUUUGGUGAAGAGUUUCAAUGUUCUAAGCAAAAACAUUAUUACAAAACCCAUUUUAGAUAUGGCAAUAGCUUUGCAAAAAUCCAAUAUCAAUUUGGAUAAUUAUUUGCAAUAUUAUUCGAGCAAAUUGUAUCAGAAUAUUUGUAAGUUGUUGAAAAAUCCUAAGAAAUAUUCAACUGAAAACAAUAUUCUAGAAUGUUUGCAAGUAUUUCCUCUGAACUAUAAGCAAAGCUUAAAGAUUAUUGACCAAAUAUCGGUUGAUACAGAUACAGAAAAUCCUGCAAUUUUAAAUUUGCUCACCUACAGCAUAGACAGGAUUUUAGUUUUGUGCAAAAAUCAACCACAUUUGGAACCUAUUAAUGAGAAACUUAUACUUAAAAUAACUACAGUUUUAAUUAAUUUCAACAAUGAAAAUAAAGAUGCUAGCUCAUUAUCAAGAGCCCUAAGGCAUUAUUUUGAAAUAUUUCCUCAUAAUUCAACGAAUAUCAACAAAAACCUAUUUUCAAGCCUUUUAACACUGUCCGAGUACAAUAAAGACCACGUGGACUUAGUAAUAUUCCUUUUACAAAACGAUUUAGAUUUAUUAGAACACAUUGAAGCUAAUAUUAGUUCAAUUUGUGACAAAAAGGGCCUAAUAUUGCCUAUAGUGCAUGUGUUGGUAAACAAUAAUACUUCUAAUAAGAUUUUAGAAAACAUUUAUUCAAACCUGGAAUCUUCAAUAAUAAAAGCAAUUCGGAAGCCUCAAAAAGUUGGCCAGCAUUUUGCUAAAAACUACGAUGUGACCACUUUAAUUGAAAAAUUCAUGCCUUUGGAUAAAUGUAUAAGUUUUGCUGAGAAAGUACAAAAAUUUGAAGUGGCUGAAGUGUUUCAUGCUCGUUUACUUGAAGCUUGUUAUAGCAAAAUAAUAAAUUCAGAUAGUAGUAAUGAUAAACACUUAAAUAAUAUUAUAAUGACUUUUGUACAUUUGGAAAUAGCUGUUUUUAAAAGGAAGCUUGAAAAAGAAGAAGAUAUACAUAAAGCUAAUGAAAUAACAAAUGUAUUUAGUAAUGUUUUAAGUAAAAUUGGACCAAGGACUUUAGAGUUUACUGUUAAUGAUAGUUUUUGUAAGAUUGCAUUGAAAUUUGGUGUCUCUGGACAAUCUGUUUUGUUAAAUGUCUUAAACAAACUAAUAAAAAUUUACAAUGUAUCUGAAGAUGAAGCAGGUUUGUUGCUGGACAUGCUACUAUCGCACUCAGAGUUUUUAAAUGUCAUGUUAGGUGAACAUAGUGUGACAAAAUUGGAAGUGCUCCAGUUAAUUUUGAGUGUUUGCGAAAAAUGUCCCAAAUUUAUGGUGAAAAGCCAUAUAGCUGUUUUAUUGUCAGCUUAUAGAGGAAUGCUGACUAAAUGUGACCAAGUAAUACUGGCUUUGCUCAAAUUAUAUGAAUCGAAACCUGAUCAGACUGGAUUUUAUGAUUUUAAACCUUUUUUGUGGGGCAGAGCUGCUGCUGCACACUAUUCUGUUAGGACACAAAUUGGUAACUCAUUGACUAGACAACCUAAAAUUUCUGAUGUUUUAGGUAUUUUAAAAGAGGAUUUAGUAAAUUGUACAAUAACAAAUUAUCCCCUAAAUAAUGGUUUACACGAUUUACAAUUAACUGAAGAUUUGCGCUGCUACGACUUGAAAUUCUUGUUGCCUCUAUUCAGUCACAUUUUAGCUCCAGAACAGCAAGUUAAAACUUACGUUUUCACCAGAUGUGGUGCUUUGAGUUUAUCAGUUCUAAGCCUGGCCUGCCAAGACAAAGAAGUGCGACAGGCCGCUUGUCACGUUUUAGCACGUUUACAUUUCCAUUUAGAAGCGAGACAAACUGGAAAAGAUAAUUUGUUAUGGAUUCGAUUUGUUGAGGCUUUAUGUAAAGGUGUUGCAGUUUUGCCUAACUUUAAGCUAAACUCCUUCUCAGCCAUAUUUUUUGCUAGGAUGGCACUAAUUCUUACCAAUCCAAAACACCUAAUGUACUCUCCAUUAUCGUCAUAUUUAAUGGCCAAACAGGAAUUGGAUUUAAGUACCGUGCCUGAAUUGUAUACGUUACUAUUUAGUCCCGAUAUCAACUAUAAAGAACAUCAAAAUUUUAUUUUGGAAAUUUUAAGGGACGGUAUGAAAUGUGAAAAGGAUUUUCUAGAUUUUCUAAAGUCGAUGGGCUUUAAAUUGUUUUCAGAGCUUUUUAAUAGUUGCUUGUCAGAUUUGGACAGUAAAUUGUUGAUUUUAGAUGUUUUAGAAGCUAUUUGUAAGAUUCCUUUAGGAGUUAAGAUUCUAAUUGAAAAAUACUCUUUACUGUCUCAAUUGAGUAAUAUGGGCACUAAAAUGCCAAACAUAUUCAAUAUACUUUUAAAUAUUGUUAAAAUCCGUACUGAUAAAUAUACAGGGCAAAUUAUUUUUGAUAUUUCUCAAUCUGUUUUUGAUUCAGAUAAUUUACUAAAUUUGAAAGAUAAAGAGUUGGAAUCUUUUUACGAAAUUUUUUAUAUAGUUUUUACAAAUAAUCCCUCAAUAAUUGAAAGAAAUCGAGGCGAUUUUAUAAAUAAAAUAACUUUAACAACUCAGGAUAGAUUUUGUAAUUAUUUAGUCAAAUAUGGGGUAAAUAGAAUAAGUGAGAAAUGUGCCGAGCUACAAGAGAAACACAAGUUGCAUUAUUUGAGGUUGUUAAUUUUUAAUAUGUUGAAAUAA